AUGUCGCUCCCGGCGUCGCCCGCGUCGGCACCAGCCAGUCUCCCGCUCACCACGACAAUCGCCGCCAGUGUCUCCUCGACCCGCACCGGCAACCGUUCCUCGUCCACGCCCCACGCGGCCACGCCCCGCGCAGUCACGACGCCCUUCGUCCAGCGUCCCGAGUGCGCCAGCCGCUUCAUCACGACAGAGUUCGUGCACACCGUCAGGCACUCGUCCCUCUCGACAACGACCCGCGUCACCCUCUUCGUGUCUGACACGCACGGCGGUGGCAGCGAGUGCGCCGGACAGCCCGACGGCUCGUCCUGGUCCCCGGCCGUCUGCCCGCAGAGCUGGACAGCGUGGAACAUGGGGCCCUGGGUCAUUAACCAAGUCGAUGCCGAGGGAAAUCAAUUCUCGGCAGUCUGCUGCGCCAGCGGAUACAGGCCAAUGGACGGCAGCCCUUACACCCGCGAUGACUGGGACCUGGACGCCCUGCUAGAUGACUGGUCAGGCAUAUGCACGUCCGGCGGCCGCGGGAGCGUUGAGCUGACAGCAGCAGCACCACCCAUCACGCACACCGUCUCCAACUUGGACCACGUGAGCGUGCACCAAGGCCUGUUUAUUGCCUGGAGGCAGCUCGAUGUGUCGAGUCUCACACCGGCUCCGCCGUCGCUCGGUCUUUGCACAGCCGCUGCCCUCGCGAGCUGGGCGCCCGGCCUGCCCGAUGACCCGGCGCUCGCCGCCCUGGGUGUGUGCGCCGCGCCUGAAGAGGGUCAUGAUGCUCAAAGUGGCUAUCUGCUCCUCUUCUUCGCCAUCGGCUUGCCCAUCGUUGCUGCGGGCCUCAUCGCGGCGUUCUGCACGUGGUUCUGGUGCAGGCGGGCGCGGAAAGGGAGGGCGGCGGCCGCCACCGCGCCUGUACAGGUCGACGUCGGCGUUGACAAGGGUGGAGCAGGGACAGAGUAG